UCGAUCGAAAAGGCACAGGUUGUGGUGUGGCGAAAGCUUGCCCCCUGCACCUAGCUGACUCUUUGUGCGAUGACCGACUUUGUUUUUUUUGCAUCACAUGCUUUCUACAAUAAUACUCUUGUACGUCUUUCUUCCGCCAUCCCUGUCAACGCCGCACGCGUGUCACCCUUUUCACGCGUGCUACAGCAGUUAUUGUGCGUAGAGGUUGCUCAUUCCGGCGGCUCGGCGACAUGUGUCCCAAUCUAUUCCGAGAGCUGUUAUUCCCCAUGAAACAGGGAACAACAGUGGCCGUUCAAACCGUUGAAAUUUCACACAUGCGCGUUCGGGUUGGUGAGGGCAAAGGGCGGUCGGGCUCCACUCGCUUCUUGCUGUCGUGUCAGGUCCGGCGUCCGUAGAGCGCUGAUCCAAAGCUUCAAGUACGCGCUUGCAACCCGUAUUUUGUCGGUGAUUCCGGGCGUCCGCUCAGUUUUUUUUUCAGCAGCAGAUGUGUCCUCUCACUUUUUCGAUCGGUCGGUCUGUGGUGGUAUCCCACCGGGAUGAAUCUCACUAAUGAGCCCAACUGUUCUGAUUUUGCUUCGAUCCUGACGUAAUAACGAAGCGCUCAUUUUUUUGCUACAAAAGUCCACGCCAGUGUCUUACACCUCACACCAUCCUGCUGUUCGAUAACUAGCAAGGUGAUGGACAGACUUCGGCAUGUGGACGAAUAUCCUAUUUGAGGUCAAGAUUGUGGUUGGUGUCCAGGUCUUUUUCUUCCGAAUCUGUCUUUGUGUUGUGUGUUGAUUGAAUCUUGUGCGUUGUGCCGCGUCCUUGAGAGUUUUCAAUUUGUAACCAAGGUUCAGUUUUUCCGGUCGAUGCAAAUGGAUGACACAAUUUUUUUUUCGCGCCUUCCAUUUUGCCGUCGCCCGCCCAGGACCUGUGGCAUUGCAUAAAAUAGGCACCGAUGAGGUUGCGCUUUCGUCUUCCGUCGGACUGUGCCCUCUGAUCUGGCCUUCCAUGGUCCAGGUUACGCCAAUUAUUGCCGAGUCAUUGUUUUCUCGGCACUAUGCUGAUAUUUUACCGAAAACCGGCGUCAUGGAAACCAACCAUUUUCGAAUUUGACCUUGCAAGAUGCUUGUUCAAGGACGGAACGACGCGGUUGAGAGGCACACUUCGAUAUACCUCUCCUUGCUGUGCUGGACGUAUCCUCGCGACGGACCGUAACAAUCUCAUGUCUCU